AUGUUUCAACGCAUCAGGGGCGCAAUCGACCGUACGAUCGCCGAGGAGCAAGCCCGGCAAAGGACCCUCUCGGAGCAAGGCAGCAAUUCACGGUCGGCUUCGGCCACACGCAGGAACGAUGUUGGGAGGCGACAGAAGGGGAGAACGACGAGCGGCGACGUGGGAUUAGACACGGCACCGACGGCGGACCCGGCUGUCUUCGAGGAAGCCUUUGUGAUCGACGACAGCGAGGAACCCAGCCGAGCACCCAGCCGAGUCGGGACACCGAAACCUACGCUUCCAUCCGCAACAUCGAACAAUACAGAUGCAAAGGAAUCCGCUGAGCAGAAUGGAACUUCUGCCGGGCAAGCCGAGUCGAAGAAGGAUGAAGGUGACGGACCUCAGGACGACAAAGAAAAGGAGAACCCCCAGAGUGUGACGAAAGACUCUGCGGCUUCGUCUACAACAACUCUCGCCGUCUUGACCCCUGAGAUACGACAAAGGCUACGGAAACUGGACAAGUUGGAGGCUACGUAUCCAGAGCUGUUGCGAUCUUACAGGAUUGCUCAUAGGAGGGCUACGGCUAUUGAGCCCUUCGAGAAAGCACUUCGCGAGAACACCCCCCUGACGUCCAUCGCCGAUCCAACCGCCCUUAUCGAGUAUCUAAGCCAGCUGAACCUGAAGGGAGAUAUGGUUUUGGAGGAGUUCAAGCGUGUAUCUGCUGAGAAAGACGAGUUGAAGAAGAAGCAUGACGAGGUGGAAGAGAAGCUGAAGAAGGUUGAGGAGGAGCUCGCGGCUGCCAAGGCAGGGGAACCUACGGCCACGAAGCCUGAAGAGGCCAAGUCGCCUAGAGAGUCCACGGAUAUUGCUCCCGCCAACGUCCCCGUGGCUGAAAGGGUGAAGUCUCCCGUCAUGUCUGUCAUUGGCAUGUUUUCUCCUAGGCCCAAGCAGGAGGCUUUCAAUGAAACGACCGUCGAAGAGAAGGAGGAAGCUGAGGAUCUUUUCUCUUACGAUGACGAGGAAAUUCCGAAGGACAACGAGGCUGAGAUCACCGCCAAAAAUGAGGAAAUCGAACAGCUUCGGAAGGAUGUCGACUCCUUGACGCAGGAGUUAUCCGUGGCGAAGGAGAAGAGCACGAGCCUGGAGGAGAGCCUUGAGAAGGCAACUACGGAGCUUGAUCAAUCGCGCGACACCUCAUUAUCGUCACAAGAGGUCCUUCAGAACCAACUCGAUGCUCGCAACAAGGAGAUUUCUAGACUGACUGAGAAACUGGAGACUUCACAAGAUCAACUUAAGAAGCUAGAGGCAAAACUGGCGGAAGAGACGAAGACUCAUUCCGCGAAGCUCAAGGACCUCGAGGCCUCUCUGGCCAAGUCAGACAAGCGCGGUAGCGAACUCGAUACUCAAUUGGCCAAUGCAUCCACAGCCAAGAACGUAUCGAAGAAGCUCAUCGAUGACCUUAACGCUCAAAUCAACACGCUGAAGAAGGAGAAGACUGAAAGCCAGGGCAAGAUCGAUGAAUUGACCACAAAGCUCAGCGCACAAACUCUGGCCGUCAAGGCGGAGCCUACAACAGCCCCUUCUUCACCAGCGCUCACACAAGGUGCUAUUGGCGGGGCCACCUCGGCAGCCUCAAAGAAGAAGAAUAACAAGAAGAAGAAGGGUAAGGGCGGUACCGGUGUAUCCACCCCUCAGGCUACCCCUGAGGUCGCGGAGCAAGUGGCCCCUGAGGUACCUGACACCUCAGCCCUUGAGAGUGAAAUCGCAAAACUCAAGGAGGAGGUAUCCGAGAAGGAUGCUCGAAUCGAGCGCCUCUCCAAGCAGCGAAAGACCGAGGAAGAUCUCCGUGAGGAGAUCGAGUCACUACAGGAGAAUCUGAUCAACAUUGGCCAAGACCACGUCGAGGCCAAGGAAAAGAUCAAAGCUCUUGAAGCUGAGAAGGCCGAGUUGCAGGGUCAGAUUGUGGAGCUGGAGAAGAAGCUGGAGUCAUCUGCGUCGGAUGCGGAGGUCAACUCUAUCCUCCAGGGUGAUAUCACUGCUCUGCAGAAGGAUUAUGAUGAGCUCCAGGAGAAGACUGCUGCGUUGAAGUCGGAUCUCGGCGCGGCUCAACAGCUCGCCCAGAACCGCUUCAAGGACCUCACCGAGCUGAGGGAAGUGCUCCAGAAAGCGCAGCCUGAGCUCAAGAGCCUGCGACAGGAGUCGGCUACUCUUAAGACAACGAAAGAAGAACUCGCAAACAAGCAGAAGGAGCUCAGGGAGAUGGAGAAGAAAGAGAAGGACAUGAAGCGCGACCUCACCAGGGCACAGCAGCUUGCGUCAGACCGUGAGGCUGAGGUUAAGAACCUGCAAGAGAAGCUCACAGCCGAGAACAAUAUCAGACUGCAGAUGGAGAAUGCCCAGCGAAUUUCAGGGCGCGAUCUCCGGAAGGCUGAGGCGGAGAAGGCGGAACUCGCCACGAAGGCGCAGAACGUUGAGCGCGAGCUCCAGAAGCUGCAGGAGGAAGCAAACAAGCUGCGACCGCGCAUCAAGGAGUUGGAAGAACAGGCCUUCAAGCUCAGGCGGGAGAAGUCGGCUGCUCAAGAAGAAGUCGACUUCAAGAGCCAGCAGUACGUCAACGCUCAGGGUCUCCUGACCAGCAUGCGUGACCAGUCGGCAGAGAUGUCCGUGCAGCUCAAGGAGGCGAAAUCGCAGGCUGAGUCGUUGGAAGAGGAGCUGGUUGAAGUUCAGCGCCUCCUCCAAGAGCGGACUCGGGAAGGCGAGACCAUGCGCAGGCUGCUGGCCGAUGUCGACGAGCGAGCGGAUACCAAAGUAAGGGAAAUGCGUAGCCGCAUGGAGGCUGCCAUUGAGGAGCGCGACCGCAUCGAGGACGAGUCCAGCACCGUUGCCAGGCGAAAAGUACGCGAGACCGAGGAGCUCAAGUCGAAGAUUCGCGAUCUCGAGAGGGAGAUCAAGACCCUCGGCCGCGAGCGCGACGACCUGGAGGAGCGCGAAAAGGCGUGGAAACGGAGGCGCGAGGAGCUCGAAAGCGUCGAGGAGAAGGCCGAGGCCGAGGCAGCAGAGAUGCACUCCGCCGUCUCACAACUGCGCACCGCCCUGGACGCAUCCGAGAACCAGGUGCGCGACGCCGAGAGGCAGCGGGCCGAGCUGCGCAAGAUGCUCGACGAGGCGCGCCAGCGGUACGACCGGUUGACCAAGGAGCUCAAGGGCACGCAGGCGAAGCUCGCAGCCGGGUCUGGGCGCAGCUCCAUGGAGUCGCCCACCGGCAGCGCCUUCGCCAACGGAAGCGCGCAGAAUGGGGACACCCUGUAUCUAAAGACGAUCCUGCUACAGUUCCUGGAGCAAAAGGACAGCAGAUUACGAGCACAGCUGGUCCCUGUCUUGGGGAAGCUGCUCAAGUUUGACAAGGCGGAUGAAGCGAAGUGGAUCAACGCUGUCCAUCAUAUUGAGGUGCGAUAA